AUGCCGAUUCCCCGACGACGAUUGCGAUUUAUGAGCAAUCCAAGGAAAAAGCAUGGCACGAACACUUCUACCCCGGAGAUGGCUGGCCCUGGAACUCAAGAGCCUGGACGCUCCAAGAACGUCUCUUGUCUGCGCGGAUACUGUAUUUCGCCAACGGACUCCGCCAUCGUUACGAAGACCGCGUUGCAGGAGCUUGACGUCCAUACGCUUAUGGGCAUGUGGUACCGCAUUGUCGCCGAUUAUAGCCGCCGAAACCUGACCAAGGGACAAGACCGUUUCGCUGCGAUAUCAGGCGUCGCGCGCAUGAUUGCAGAGAGAGUGAGAAGCGAGUACUACGCUGGGCUGUGGGCGUCGGAAUUUGUCUACGGGCUCCUGUGGAAGUCGUCGUGUCCAAUCAAGGAAAUACUCAAGUGGAGAACUGAAUACGACUAUAGCCCUGUCAGUCAG